AAUAUUAGGCAAAUGUCCAAUAAAAUAUAAGCGCGGCCAGUACACCUAAGUGACUUCAGACUAAAUACUGUACUGAACACAGAGUGGGACUGAGGAUUAACAACUUGUUGAUAAACUUAUAAAUAAUGAAUUGUAAAAACUGAAAGCUGUUUUUUCCCCUCUACAGACGUGUGGUGUAUUCUGUGUUCCUGAGUGUUUUUUUCAGCGGGCUCACAUUUUCAAACUUAAACACAACUCCUAUUUCAUUCCUUCAACGGAUGAGGGAGCCGCCCAGUCCCACAGCUCGGCUAGCUAGUAAGGUAGCACUUCAUACAGAAAAGCGCUUCAGUUGCAGUCAUGUCCUCACUGAGCUCCAAAUCUGCUGAUGAGCUCUGCAAACUUCUGGAUGAAUAUGGGAUCAAACAUGGACCCAUUGUUGACUCCACCAGGAAGCUUUAUGAGAAGAAGCUGGCAGAUGCCAUGUCAAAAAACACUAAGCCAUCUUCUGACAAGACCUACUACAGAGAAGAACAAGAAGAGGUCACAUACGUAACAUAUUCACCAACGAGACAAGAAGGCUUUGGAGAUGUAACAAAAAGAUCAAGGCCCUUUGAGUAUGCAGAUGAUAAGGACAAAGUAAACGAGCCUGUCACCCGCUACACUACAACAAAUUACCAGAGUGCCACCCCUUCCAGAUCAUCAGCCUACACAACCAAGUCAAGCCUACAAUCAGCCAGUCCAGGAUCAAGCCAAACCCAAGCCAGAUCAGAGGAAAGCAAAAAAUCUGGUGUGCCAUUGUGGCUUCGUGUCUUGGUGUUCGUCAUCGUUGCAGCCAUUCUUUACUUUGUGUAUAUAAGCAUGGAGUCUACGGCAGAGAGUCCUUUUGACAAGAUUGAUGCAUAGGUGAUUUAAAAAAUCAUUCUCUCCACGAGGCCAAAGAUUUACAACAAAAGUCAUUUUUAAAAACAUGUCAGAAUUUCAGCAGGCAAAGUGUAAGCAGGAGUAAAAAAAAAAAAAGCCCAAGAGUUUCCUGUUUGAAAUUUGGUAUUUGCACCUUAUUAGAUGUAGAAAGUUCAUUGGCUUCUGUUCAGUUCUAGAUGGAACUAGGACAAAAAGGUUGUUGUGAAGAUAAAAGUGCAAAUAAAUAAGAAAAUGUUUGUAUACAUACUUCAGAUGUCAUGUUCAACUGGUAUUUACUGGCAGCAGUAGUCAGAUGUUGUCAGAAUUUAUAGAAAUAUACUUACUGUUUUUUACUGUUAUUUCCAAAUAUUAGAGUAAUAACUGGACUCUCAUUUUAAAGCUGGUUUAUUCAUAUUUGUUUGCUUUUUAAUGGCAGUGAGCUUGGCAGUUAAGCUACUGAACUAGUAAUCUGAAGGUUGCUGGCUCAAGCACCACCACUGCCAGGUUACCACUGUUUGAGUCUUAAGCAAAAGCCCUUAACCCUCAAUUGGUUGGAUUGAAUUUGCUCAUAGUUGUAAGUCGCUUCAGAUAAAAGCGCUGACAUAAAUGUUUAGCAAAAGUGUAUUUUUACAGAAAGAAAAAGCAUUAAAUGUGUUUUGCUGUUUGUAAUUAAACCCAGGUCAAAGUGGCUAAGCAAA